AUGCGGAGGCUGAACGGCUUUAACGUUGCUGUGUGGUUGUGCUUCCUACUUCUGUUCCUCUUCUACGUCACGUCUGGCUGGGAUACCGCCCAGCAUUGCUUCUUAUUGAAUGUGACGACCCUUGCCAACCAACUCUCGUGGGCCACGUUCCGGCCUGGCCAGGAUGGCUCACAGAGAAACCUCUAUGGCCACCUAUGGGGGUAUGUGAAGAGAGCGCGAAUCGCCUUGAAGGACCAAAGCCAGCAAUGGCUGACCAUUCCCGUCGAGAUUUCUGAUCCCCUGAAAUCCAUCGCCACCAAAGCUGGCGCGCAUGUGGCCACAGGCAAGGCCAUCAGCACGGGCACUGUAGGGCUCAUGGAUAGCCUAAACGGGUGGCGCGAUGCCGUUCCCGUGUAUGUCUGUCUCCAAACAAGAGGCGUCUGGCAGCUUGGAUAUCUCAACGACACGGUCGAGCUUGUGCCACAGGGGGAGCUGAACAUGUCGCAUACGCUCCAGAUCACAGCAUUGGAGAAUCUGUGGCAGGCGGCCCGGCUGGUCGUGCCCGGCCUGCCGGAGAACGUUGCGUUGGAGAUGGACAGCUCGGAUCUGGGCGCGCAUCGCCCCAUACUGGCUCUUGUGUCCGCAACUGUCGGCGGCAAGAGUCUGAGCAUCUGGCAUUGGGCCUCGUCAUCGCCGCCGCACAAGAAUAUUCCUUUUGCGUAG